GGAAAGCCUGAGCUGACUGCCUGAGAGGCCUCUAUUCUACCGCAUUUUCCUGUGGCUUUGCAUCAGCCAGUCUGAACCCUGGUACCAGUGCAGAUCAGGAGCAACACAAACUAAGUCAUGCAAAAUGAACAUUCAAGAGUAUUUCGGAAGAAUAUCUUACAACAAGCCCCAUAAAGAUGCAGACUUGCAAACCUUAAAAGCCAUCUUCCAGCAUCACAUCCAGGCCAUUCCUUUUGAGAACCUCAGCAUGCAUUGUGGGGAGACCAUCGAACUGGAUUUAGAGCCUAUUUACAAUAAGAUCGUGCGAAAGAAACGUGGUGGAUGGUGCCUGGAAACCAACUACCUUUUAUUUUGGGCCUUGCAAGAAUUAGGGUAUGACAUCUGCAUUCUUGGUGCGAAUAGCUAUGACCCAGCAGAGAGGGCAUACACUGCUGAGAUGAACCAUAUCCUGCUGAAGGUGGUGAUCCAGGGAAAUUCCUACAUUGUGGAUGCCGGUUUUGGUGGUGCCUACCAGAUGUGGCAGCCACUGAGGCUGAUUUCUGGGAAGGAUCAACCCCAGGUGCCUGGAAUCUUCCGCUUCGUGGAAGACAAUGGCACCUGGUACUUUGAGAAGGUCAAAAGGAAGCAUUAUAUUCCUGAGCAAAGUGAGACUCCUUACUUCACUGACACUCCAGGAUUGGGGAACAUCAGAAAAAUACAUAGAUUCACUCUUGAGCCACGACAUAUAAAUGACUUUCAGGAGUUAAACACAUACCUACAAGUGUCUCCAGAUAACAUACUUCGGAAGAAAUCCCUCUGCAGUCUCCAGACCACUGAAGGGCUCAUUGGCUUAGUUGGAUGGACCUUGACUGAAAUGAAGUAUAAUUACACAGAGGACAUGGACCUGGUGCACAUCACAACUCUUACAGAUGAAGAGCUCGAGAAGACACUGAAAGAUAAAUUCAAUAUAGUACUGGAGAACAAACUUGUACCAGUAAAUGUUCAUGGCUUGCCACCUAAUUUAGUGGAUAAGAUCUAACUCUAGCACUGUGCUAGAUGGAUCUGUAAGUAUCCAACAGAAAAGUUCUAAAAUUAACAUUAAUUACAUUAAUUGAUUCUGAAGUUGAACUAGACACAAAGCUUGGUAAAUUCAAGUACCUUGCUAGUUAACUGCCUGUACCAUUUGCAUAAUUUUUCUUAAGCUUCUCCCACUUUGGAGACUAAGACAUCUUACUACCUCUGAUUUGCUCAUAUAGAAAUUGCUUUUUGACUCCUUAACAUUUUGUUCCACCUCUCUGGAACUCAUUUUAUUGCAGGUAUAUUUUGCGUCAAAGGAGACCAAAAUGAUGCAGAAGGAGAAGCUGUUACCAUUUUACACAGAAGACCUCUAACCCUCUUUGCUGUUAUUUCCAAUCUUCUCAGCAGAGUUUUACAAAUUAUUCACUUCCUUCAAAAGUCUGAAAGUUGAGCUGAAUUUGGCUUUCAAAGACUUACUAGAAAAAAAGAAAGGUUAAGAGUGUCUCAAAACAAGACACCAUUAGGUGCUGAUUAGCUUCUGAUGAGAUAAAUUGAAAGACUUGAUCCUAUUCUCUUACCAGGAAUUGACUUAAAGUGAGCUAUUUAUACAAGGGCACCUAAAACCCCCCAGAAGCUGUCUAAUUUUGAACAUCCCAUUUUUUCUGAGUCUGAUAUUUCUGUGUCUCUAAAUCUGAAGCAAAAUUCAUAGAAAGCAAGAUGAUUCAACAGUUCUCAAAAAUCAGGCUUUUGCUAUCAAACCUGGGG